AUUUGAUUUGAUGCAGCUCAAUUAGCUUUGCAUAAUCCCUUUUGCAAACAGAAUUGCCUGGAGGAAAAUUUGCAGAGAACUGGACUGUGAUCUCGAAGGCCAAAGUCAAGGUGACAUUGGCAGGACCAACUCCAUGACACCAGAGAGAUCUCUGCACUCAUAAGCCCAUCUCACUCGAAGCCUAUCUCCCUGGCCUCUGCAGCCCCUCUCACUACAGUAUGGUAACAAGUUAAGCAGUGCAAGAAGCACUUGGUCCAGAACCUUCUGAAAUAAGGCAGGCGAUGAUGCUACUCCAAAAGGUGCUCCUGGGAGGACGUGAGAGCCGAGAGGAGAGACGCAGAAGGGUGGGUCCCGAUGGCCGACGUUCUGGACACUGGAGCGACGGGCACCGGAACAGCCGGGGCGGCCACCGCCGCCGCCACCGGUAGCGUGGACUGGCAGAAGAGAUGCAUCACCCUGGAGAUGCAGCUGCUCAGGUUCCGGCUCCAGGCGGGGAAGAUUCGUGAGCUGCUCGCUGAAAAGAUGCAAGAGUUGGAGCAAAGAGUGACCGAGGCCGACCUGCGAGCAGAGACUGCAGAGAAACAGGUGCGCUUGAUGGAAGAGAAAUUGAAAUCAGCGAAUGUGCAGCCGAAUCAGACCAACGAAUCAGAGAACUCCUUAUGCCUGAGGCUUCAAGAACUCACCAAUCAGGUGCAAGAGAGGGAUGGAGUGAUCAAGCACCUGGAAGCACAGCUGGAGAAACAGAAUUUGCUUCGGGCCCAGGAGGCAAAGAUCAUCGAAGAAAAAGCCUCCAAAAUCAAAGACUGGGUCACUUUUAAGUUACGAGAGAUGGAGAUGGAGAACCAGCAGCUGAAGCUGGCCAACCUCAAGCAGGCUGAACAGAUCCUCAACCUCCAGGACAAACUGCAAGUGCUCCAGGAGGGUCCCUACUCCCCCACGUCCCCCUUGUCCCCCUUAUCGCCCAGUCUUGAUGCCCACCUGGUGCCCUCCAGCCCACUCUACCCGCCCAGCUGCCCUGGCACACCGCCUGCUCUGGAGGACGGCUGGAGGCACACCCCCUCAGGAGGCUCCGCUGAAGCAAAGAAGAAAGCCCUUGAGACGUCAGACAGAUUGUCCUCUGUCGACAAGAUGACCGUGUCCAAGAUGGCGGAGGGUGCCACUCAGGGCCGAGGCAGAGGGGUCGUGGCAGGAGGCCUCAGUGUCCCUCCGGUCACCACCGCCAUGGGGGACCCCCCCAGCCGGGACCACUCAUCAGACGAACUCAACAACAAGUUCCGCCUGCACCGCCUUCGAUCGUCCUCCUCCACCUCUUCCUCCUCCUCCUCCUCUUCCUCAUCGGCCUAUGAAAAUCCGCAGGCCUCCCUGCUGCUGCUUCCGCCCACGGAGGCCCCAGCGUCCGCCUCCGCCCUGGCCGGUGCCCCGCGCUCGCCCCUGGCGCCCUGCUUCUCGCUGCCCGCGGGCACCAGCAUGACCCUGCCCAAGGUGCGCACGCCGCUUAGCCCGCGCGACAGCAUCCAACUGCUGAAGAAGCACCAGAGCCAGCCGCAGCCCGGCCUCGAGCGCUUCCACCACAUCAACGUCAGCAUCGACCUCGGCUGCGCCGGCCUGCCGCUGCUGGCCCGGAGCCUGUCCCAGGUGCCUGCAGCAGCUGCGCCGCAGGUGGAGGAGACGGACAUCGACGACGGCAUGGAGGGGGUGGAGGAGGGCGCUCAGGCCCAGGCACAGGCCGAUGUCGAUCAGCCCUGCGCCGGAGGAACGCUGUCUAUGGGGCUGGUGAAGGAAUGCCUGGAUCUGGAUGCGGUGAAGCCCCCAACACCACCGUUACACCGCUUCCCUGCCUGGGAGAGUCGUAUCUACGCUGUGGCCAAGUCUGGUAUGAGGGUGUCUGAGGCCAGUCCUGCUGCCAAGGGUGCAGUGUCGAGCAUGUCCCAUUACCCCUCUGCUGGUCAAUUUACUCACCUAAUGUGUAAGAACAUUAGUGUUCCUGUCUACACCACUCUUAAAGGGAAAGCCACACAGAUCAGUACUUCUCCUCUGGUGGAGGAGGACUCGGGCUCCGAGGAUGAUACCAGCUCUCUGGGCUCCUUGCGGAGCUCCGUGCUGGGGCCUGACCGCAAGGGCAGUACUCCCAGCAGUCCCCGCGCCCUCAAGAGAGGGGUGUCAGUGUCAUCCAUCAGCUCAGAGAGUGACUAUGCCAUCCCACCGGACGCAUGUUCUCUGGACAGUAACUACCUGGAGCCUGAACACAAAGUGCAACGCACCUCCUCUUACUCCUGUGAAAGCAUUGGACCGGAGAUGCUGGAGAAGUCGGGCUACCUGCUGAAGAUGGGCAGUCAGGUGAAGGCCUGGAAACGCCGCUGGUUCACGCUGCGGAAUGGAGAGAUCCUCUACUACAAGUCACCGAGUGAUGUCAUUCGGAAGCCCCAGGGACACGUCGAGCUGAACGCCUCAUGUCGAAUCGCCCGCGGAGAGGGGGGGCAGACGUUCCAGCUCAUCACGGAGAAGAAGACCUUCUAUCUGACAGCUGACUCCCCCAACAUUCUGGAAGAGUGGAUCCGGGUGCUGCAGAAUGUGCUCAAAGUCCAGGCUACCACUCCGGUUUCCAUGGACACCGCCGUCAAGCCAACUGUACGAGGCUGGCUUACAAAGGUCAAACAUGGCCACUCUAAGCUGGUGUGGUGUGCUCUCAUUGGGAAGGUCUUUCAUUACUACCGCAACCAGGAUGAUAAGUUUCCUCUAGGUCAGCUGCGCAUGCGUGAAGCAAGGGUUGAGGAGGUGGACAGGUCAUGUGACUCAGAUGAGGACUAUGAAGUCGGGGGACGUGGUUUCCUGUCAUCCCACUGCACACUAGUGGUCUACCCCAAAGACCAGAGCCCCACGUACAUGCUGAUAGGAACCAAGCAGGAGAAGGACACCUGGCUGUACCACCUGACCGUGGCUGCAGGCAGCAGUGCCAGUCUGAAGGUUGGCACAGAGUACGAGAGGCUGAUUGGCAAACUCCUGGACAUGGAUGGGGACCCUGACUCUGAGCUGUGGAAGCAUCCGGUGUUGUGCUUUAGUAGAGAUGGCCUGCGCUCUCCCCUCACCACUCUGCCCUCUGAAGCACUGCAGACUGAAGCCCUCAAACUCUUUAAGUCUUGUCAACUGUUCAUUAAUGUGUUGGUCGAGUCGCCCUCCAUCGACUACCACACGUCACUGGCCCAGAAUGCACUGCAGGUGUGCCUGACACACCCCGAGCUGCAGAACGAGAUGUAUUGCCAGCUGAUCAAGCAGACCAACUGCCGCACUCCCAACAACUACUCCCUCACACAGUGUUGGCAGCUGUUGUCGGUGUGUGUGGCCCUCUUUCUGCCACAGCAACACGUCCUCUGGUACCUGAAACAGCAUCUUCAUCGCCAUGCCGACCCCAGGACGGAGGUGGGGAAGUAUGCUGUGUAUUGCCAGCGGUCAGUGGAGAGGACUCAACAGAAUGGGGAGCGUGAGGCCAAACCGUCCCGAAUGGAGAUCCUGUCUAUCCUGCUGAGAAACCCCUACCACCACUCUUUGCCCUUCAGCAUCCCAGUGCACUUCCUCAACAGCACCUACCAGGUGGUGGGUUUCGAUGGUUCCACCACGGUGGAGGAGUUUAUGCGGAUGCUGAACCAGAGAGCAGGCAUGAGAAGCACUCAGCUGUCUGGCUUCGCCCUCUUCACUGACGACCCCUCAGGCUCAGAGCUGGAGCACUGCUUACAGCCAAACGCAAAGAUCUGUGACAUCAUUUCAAAAUGGGAGCAGGCGCUGAAAGAACUGAACCUUGGGAAAUAUGAGGGAACGCGCAUUGUCCGUCUUACCUACAAGAGCAGAUUGUGCUUCCGGGCCCAGGCCAAGGGGGAAGUAGAGCGAGAGCGCCUCCUGCUGGCCUACCAGGUGAAUGAGGAGGUGCAGCAGGGCCACUUCCCCGUCAACAAGGAGCUCGCUCUGGAGGUGGCUGCCCUCAUGGCACAGGUAGAGUAUGGUGAUGUGGCCUCCUCCUCCAUCACCAGUGGGUCGAUCCAGCCCAAGGGCCAGCAGCUGGUGUCUCAGGCACUGGAGCGCUUUUACCCCAAACGCUACAAACAGGACCUCAGUCUGGAGCAGCUCAGGGAGCUGUGUGACAGACUGUCCAGUAAGUGGACCCUGCUGAGGGGGUGUAGCGCGGCAGAGUGCAUCAGGAUCUAUCUGACCGUGGCUCGGAAAUGGCCUCUGUUUGGAGCCAAGCUCUUCAGCGCUAAGCCAGUGCCUCCCUCAUCAAUAGACCAGUCACAAGUCUGGCUGGCUGUCAAUGAAGAUGGCUUGAGUGUUUUGGACUACACAAUGCACUUGCAGGUUACACACCCCUAUCAGUCCAUCAUCACGUUCGGAGGUUUCCGUGACGACUUCAUGGUGGUGGUGAGCCAGACCAAAGACCAGAUGCAGGGAAAGAAGACUGUGGACAAGUUCAUCUUUGCCAUGAGUAAACCUAAGAUCCUGGAGCUGACCCUGCUGAUGGCCAGUUAUAUCAACUACUGGAGCUUGGCUCCCGCCUCCUCAUCCAGCUCCAUCCCCGGUGGGUCCCUGGGGCCUCGUUCAGACAGGAAGCUGUGGAACAUUGACAGCCGCCACUUCCCUGCCAUGACCUACAACACCAAAGGCCCCACGCUGCUGUGAGAAAACCCGAGCAGAGCCUGCACAUCUGCAGCACCACAGCCUCAAAGAUAAAGAGAAAGUGAUACAAAACUACAGGGUAAAGGUUUAGCAGCAGUUUAUUAAUGUGCAAACUGUCUCUUUUUGAAGAAAAGCUUGAAUUGUGACGUUCACAGAAUCAGAACUGUCUUAAUGGAUUUUUGUGUGUGUGUGUGAGAAAGUGUGGGGGUGGACAUAUCAACGCUAAAGGAAUUCCUGUAAAAGUCCUCCACAACUCUGUGAGAUAAGUAGAGCCAAAAAGACACUACAACACACUCCAAAGAUAUAGUUCAAUAUCUUUGGAGUGUAUCUAUAUCUUCAGCAAUUGUCUUCAUGUCAAGGUCAGCUGAACUAAGGAUGAUAAAACACCACAAAGCAGGGUAAAUAUUUUGUAAAAGAUACAAAAGGGCCUUGUAUAAAGAUAAUCAGAUACAAAAAAUACAAUAGCAUACUUGGAUCAGGACAUCAUUUUCAACAAUUAUCUACAGGCUGUAAAUCAAAGAUUUCAUCAACAUUUCUCCCAUUUAGUUGUAGUGGUUAAGGCUGAUGUGGGCUUACCAUGGGCUGUUCUCUUCUAACCAAUUUGCAUACUAAUUAUCAAGUCAUAAAGCAGUCACUUAUCCCAUUUUUAAGACAAGCACACAUCAUUGCCAUGUAAUUACACUAACUGACUAUCUCACACAGAUCUAUUAAUUUAUCUGAAUAAUAUAUUAUUAAGAUAAGAUACAAAUUAAAAUACAACAAGGUAAUGCAAUGGGUAGAUCACCUACUACAUGGUUUUUGUCAAAUGUUCCAUAUCUCUGCAUGCAAGUAUGGAAAGAAACAAGUAUGCUGUAUGGUACUGUCCAGUAAUGACCUUGAGAACUAGAAUGGGCACAUUGUUGACUCUUCAGUACAAAAUAUGUGAGAAAUGGCUGAUAAUUCCAACAAGUGGUGAUUAUUCACAGACUCAUCUAGGCACGCUAUGUAGAGCCAUCGGCUUAUGUGUAGCACAUGACAUCACAUUAAUACUGUCAUAAAGAGACCAUUUCUGAGAAUCACACAACACAUUUGCUUGUAAACACACUUUGCCAUAAAGAUUGGUAUCCAUCUAAACUGACUAAGGUCUAUCAGAAACACUGUGACCUGCCUUUGUAGACGGUACUAGAAGAGUAAUUCAGUUUUGUAGAGGAACCAAAGAGACAUGGGAAAACAGGGGUGUGUACAUUGGUUGUUCAACAUGGCCUCUUGUAUGAGGUAAAACAUAUUGAGUUUCUUUGAGGGUGGUGGAGUCAGAUUUUCUUUGGAUCACUUUGUGUUGUCUUGAAUAAGGUCCAUACAAUGCGGAACUAUGUUGUUGUAUAUUUCUGUUUGUGUGCUUUAUACAUAAUACUACAGUCAAAUAGUAAAGAGAGAAGGUAUGGACAAUUUAAAACCUAGAAGCAGAUGAUUCUCUCAGCUUGCCACUAAUGGCUUGAGAAGUGUAGGAAAACCAGUAUCUCUGUUUAUAACUGUUGAAAAAAAUGUGUGUUAUUCGGUACAUCUAGGGAAGCAUUACAAUUUGCCACUGUAAACAUAGUUAAACCAAGCUAAAUACUACUGGUCAGACCAGGAAAUGUCCAAGAAAAAAAAUUUUGAAGGCAGCCUCAGGUCACCUUUCUAGACAGGAUGUGCUGUUUUCAAAUGACUGCAGACUUGUGACCGCUUUGUGCACUUUGUUUAAUCACAAAAGGGUGAUUUUUUUUUAUUUUUUUAUUUCUACAUCUCAGAUCUUGCAUCAGUCUGACAGGCUGAAUACUGACUGACGUAUUCAUUCACUGAGCAAUUCUGACAUUAAAGAGCUAUUACCUAUACGGUGCAAAAACAGGAAAACAAGCCUGCAUUGUGGCUGAGCUGGCAGAACACCAGAUAAGUUAGAGUGUAUGUGAAUCUAUAAGCAGUGCUGUAAUCACUUCAGAACAUUUAAAACAUGCUUCAUCUGAGCCAGUCUAAAGGGAAAAAAACACAUUUUUAAUAAUUAGCGAUAGACAACUGGGGGAAAAUGCUUUUUCUCAAAACAGGAACUUGCGAAUGGCACCGUAAUUAGAUUCUGUGAUGACUGGGAGCUUUGGGAGACCAAACCAAUCAACUUCAGAGAAUCAGUGUGUAGACGCUAGUUUCCUGUCUUUCAUAAACCAUACAUCACAAGGCUGCAGGAACAUAGAUUCACCAAAACACUGCCAUGAAAACGGUAGCAGUGACUUGAAUUAUAUCUGGAUCAAACCACUGUCUUUGUAAUUUGUUAUUUAGCUAUUUAUUUGUAUGCCUGUUGUUGUCUUAGUUGAGUUCUGAUGUGUUAGGACAAAUCAUUACGUAAAAAUAUUUCUUUAAAAAGGGAUGAUUAGGAUAUGGGUUGUUUUGAGUGAGUAUUGCUCUAAAUUUGAUAACAAAUGUAGUACAUUUUACAAUGUUAGAUGGUACAGUAUGACACAAACUGUGUAAAGGUAGUGUGUGUGGUUGUGUUGAUAAUAAACGGUUCAGUUCUAA